AUUUAACCUUUCCCACAAACAACUAAAAAUGAAAACGUUUCUACUGCGAAUCCAUUUUCGGAACGCCGCCGUGCUCGUCACCUUCGCCACCGCCUUCCUCCUCCGCUUUCCGCCGUCUCUCGCCGACGAUGAAGACGACUGCUUUAAGACGGGCACGUGUUCUUUUCUUUUACCUCCUCCGCCGACAGACAAUAGCGACGACAUCAAAAAGAAGAUUAUCAUUGGCACAUGCACUGGUUUUGGAGCCUUGCUUUUAACCUUACUUGUUCUUGGCGUCUGCUACCGAUGGCGCCAGCUCCGUCGUAAAAGGUCUCACAUGCUGCCAUACGUGCAACAGAGCGUUCUCUCGAAUCCCCCGUCCGUGGAAGAAGCUGAGAAUGGAGGAACCUACUUGGGCGUUCACCUCUUCUCCUAUAAAGAACUUGAAGAAGCCACGAACCAUUUCGACUCCAACAAAGAGCUCGGUGAUGGAGGCUUUGGCACAGUCCAUUAUGGCUUACUCAAAGACGGGCGUGCCGUUGCUGUCAAACGGUUGUUCGAAAGCAAUUUCAAGAGAGUUGAACAGUUCAUGAAUGAGGUCGGGAUCCUCGCACGCCUGCGCCACCACAACCUCGUUUCACUUUACGGUUGUACCUCGAGCAACAGCCGUGAGCUUCUGCUUGUGUAUGAAUACGUUCCAAACGGUACGGUGGCUGAUCACCUCCAUGGAAAACUAGCAAAGCCAGGCAAGCUUCCAUGGUCUACAAGAUUGAAGAUUGCUAUAGAGACUGCAGGUGCUUUAGUGUAUCUCCAUGCUUCUGAAAUCAUCCACCGUGAUGUCAAAACCAACAACAUCCUCCUCGACAACCACUACUCCGUUAAAGUAGCCGAUUUCGGGUUAUCCCGCCUCUUCCCACUCGACGUCACGCACGUUUCAACCGCUCCACAAGGCACUCCCGGCUACGUCGACCCGGAGUACCAUCAGUGCUACCAACUCUCUGAUAAAAGCGAUGUCUUCAGCUUCGGCGUAGUACUUGUUGAACUCAUGUCCUCAAUGCCUGCUGUUGACAUCACAAGACAUAGGCAAGAGAUCAACCUGUUCAACAUGGCCAUCAACAAGAUCCAAAGCCACGCAUUACACGAGCUCGUCGACCCAUCACUCGGUUUCGAAUCAGACUACAAAAUCAAAGACAUGAUAACGAGCGUCGCUGAGGUCGCAUUUCAAUGCCUGCAGAGCAUGAAAGACGAAAGGCCAACAAUGAUCGAAGUUCUCGACAGUCUAAACGCCAUACAGAAUCGAAACAAUGAUGCUGUGCAGCUAAAGAAUGGCUAUGAAUCUUCUCAAAGUUCCAUGUCAGUAUCUUGGGUUAGCAGUAACACCUCUACAUCAACAAAUUAUUGAAUUGAUUCUUCAUUCUUUGUCUUAGAACACUACAUUAUAUGUCAUUUAUACCAAAAAAGGAACAUAAAGGGAAGAUUUUUACAAUA